AUGGCGAUGGCGACAGUGCGGCGCCGUGCGGUGUAUGCCCUGGCGGUGCUUGCGCUGCUGUGCGGCUGCUGCUCCUCCGUGUGCGGGGCGACGUCCAAUGUGAAGGUGGAUGUGUUGUGUCCGAGCAAUGAAGGGAAGAUAUGUUGGCGUGUUUCUGGCAAGAACGAUUGGAAGGAGUGUUCGCAGACGGUGAAUUACGAUGGGCUUCGCAGGGUUGAGACGGCCGGUAAAGACGACAGUGAAAGUGAAACCAUCUGCACAUACGCCGAUACAUGGUGUUUAUACAUCUUGGGGAAUUCUCCUUCACACCCAGAAGGGAAAGAGAGUAAUGAUGCUACGUUCACGAUGGACUGUACGACGGAUGGCGAAAGUGAAUCUUCCGACCUCUCUAACGGUAAACCCAUCACUACUCUAACUCCUGGAGUUUCACUUGGCACUUUAGACAAUUGUGAGGUAUCACCACCCCAUCAACCCGCAACUGGAGAAAUGUCUGGACGACACAAUCCAGGGGUUCAAUCACAAGCAGCAACAGCGCCAUCUUCUGCGGAUACUCAGCAGGGCGGAAGUUCGCCAGGCAGCAGUGCAGGUACUGGAGUCUCCGCUCCUAAUGCUGCUGAGCAGUCGGGCAGUGCGGGACCCACAGGGAGUCAGGGAACAUUAACAUCACCGACUGGCGCUGUGGAUUCAUCAAAAGCCACAGGAGACGGUGCGGUGCAAGCACCCUCAGCCUCCGCACAGCCAUCCGGCACCUCCACUUCCAACACUCCCGCCGGCAGCGAUGGUGGAAGCGCCACUACAACCACGACCAGCAGCAGCCCCAGUGGUGGGAAACACACAAAAGGCAAUGCGGAUGGCAGCGACACGCUCACUGUGUGGGUGCGUGGCACGCUGCUGCUGCUGCUGACGGCUGCUGUUGCCUGUGCUGCUGGGGAGUGA